UCAAAAUCUCCAAAGAAGAAAAAGAAGUUGGAGAAAAGAAAUGAAGACAGGGUGGAAAAUAAUCCCAGUGAGAGGGGAGACAAUCAAGAUGCUGUGAAAAACCCAAAGAAAAAGUUAAAGAAGAAGAAAAAGAAGCUGAAAAAAGGUGUGAAGAGGGACAGUGAGAAACCGCCUCAAGUACAGAAACCUGUAAAAUCUCCUAAGAAGAAGACAGAGGCCACCUCAGAUUCAUCACAAGAUGAGGACAGAGCGACGUCCAAGGAGGAAAAAGAAGACAAAAAUGCCGGAAAACACUUAAAAGAUUGGACUAUGGAUGAGUUUAGAUCUCUCUUAGACUCGUUGGAGUCAUCCAUUAAGCAGCCCUCCCCACAACACAACAGACUGCCGGAGUCAGUGUGGGAGGAGGUCAAGGUCAAAAACCAUUCUCCUGAUGUUUGCAGAGCUGCCUGGACAAAAAUCUGCCAUGUGACAAAGACCCACAUGAGCCUGCAGCAGAUGGUUGAUGUAGCUCGGGACUUGAUGGAGAAAAACAAAAAUGUCAUCAAGAUACUGAUAGGAAACAAAGAUCCCAAUUUUCCAAAUGCCCCUUCUGUUCAUCGAGCCAACAGUUAUAACCUGUAUACCAAGCGCCGUUUGGAGGAAACGCCCAGGCCAACAUUCAAGGAGAUCGCAGAAGGGUGGAAGACGCUAUCAGAGGGGGAGAAACAGGCAUUUGCUCUGGAGGCAGAGAAGCUGAACCAGGAGGCAGAGAGAAACUUGGAGAGGUUCCUGAAAACUCUGCCUCCAGAGAAAAAACAACAGUUUUUAUCUGCCAAGAGUGUUAAAUCAGCUAAAAAAGCCAUCUCUGAGUUUGAUGAUGCUCCAAAGAUACACCAAGCAAAUGGCUAUAAUAUUUUCACCAAAGCAAAUAGAGACGAAGACCCGAAAAUAAGUUUUAAAGAAAUUGCGGAAAAGUGGAAACAGCUUUCAGAGGGAGAACGGAAAACAUAUACAGAGGAAGCUAAGAAGGUCAAUGAGCAGUCCAGACUGGAAUUCGAAACAUACAGACAAAAUCUGACACCAGAGAAGCAGGCCAGAUUCAACAAAGAGUUUGAGAAAAACAUCAAAAGAGUCAGUGAAAGUCAGAGGCCUAAGAUUCCCAAGCCAAAGCCACCCCCCAAACUUAAAGAGAGGGAAUUAAAGAAGGCCGAGAUUCAGUACAUGAAGGAGGAGAAGGCAGAGGCAGUGAGAGAGAACCCAGACACGGAUGAGGACGAUAUUAUGUUAAGAUUGUCUGAGGCAUUCCGCUCCCUACCGUAUAAAGAACAGGCAGAGUAUCUCAGAAAAUAUGAGGCGGAAGCCAAUGAGCAGAAGAAAAUUACUGAGUUUUACAAGAGUAAGCACAUUGACUCUCCAAACCCACCCAAGGAAAAGAAGCCUCAUUCCUCAGGGAAAGCACUCAAGUCAGAUGACUUGUCAGUGAAGAAGAUCGUCAGAGAGGAGAGUGAUUCGAGUUCUAGUUCUGACGACUCCUCAGAGGAGGAAGAAGUCACCGCGAAAAAACUAUCACAGACAUCACCGAAAAAAUCAACUCCAGCCAAAAAAUCCAUACUGAUGUCACCUAGUGUUAAGAUGAAUCGGAGGAAAUCAGAGAGCAGCAGUUCUGAGUCAGACUCCGAGUCUUCAGAUGAUGACAAAGACAAGAAGAAGAGGGAGAUGUCACCAGUCCUCCCUGUUAUUAAGCAGAGUCCACGACAACCAAGCAGCCCAGCAAAUAGACAACCCAGCAGCCCAAGGAAGAGGAAACCUUCUACGUCCUCCUCUUCCUCCUCUUCUUCUUCUUCCAGUGAGGAGGAUGAGGGAAGUAAAACAGUUGUGAAGGGGAAGAGUCCACAAAAGCCCAGCACACCCAGGAAGAGGAAACCUUUUUCUUCUUCCAGUGAGGAGGAUAAGGGAAACGAAACAGUUGUCAAGGUGAAUAGUCCACAAAAACCCAGCACACCCAGGAAGAGGAAACACUCUUCUUCCUCCUCCUCUUCUUCUUCCAGUGAGGAGGAAGAGGGAAAUAAAACUGUUGUCAAGAAAAGUCCGAAGAAGAUUGUAUCACCUCGAAAGAAAAUGUUCUCCUCUGUCUCUGAGGACGAAACUGACGACACCUCAGAGAACGACAAAAAGGAUAAACAGGGCUCCCUGAAGUCUCCUUUUCCUCAGAAGAUGAAAACAACAAGCAGCCUUAAGGCUCUCAAAAAGAAGAAGUCCAAGUCAAACUCUGGGAAGGGAAUCCCCCAAACCUUAUAGAAUCAUAUGACACUGAGGCAGCCUCAAUAAAGGAAGAGAAAGAUCCUUAGAGAAACAAACAUUGUGUGACUAAUACCAGGGUUAUGUGACACUGAAAACAUUGUGUGACUAAUACCAGGGUUAUGUGACACUGAAAACAUUGUGUGACUAAUACCAGGGUUAUGUGACACUGAAAACAUUGUGUGACUAAUACCAGGGUUAUGUGACACUGAGGCAGCCUAGAUGAAGGAGGGGAAGGACCCAUAGAGAAACAAACAUUGUGUGACUAGUACCGGGGUUAUGUGACACUGAAAACAUUGUGUGACUAAUACCAGGGUUAUGUGACACUGAAAACAUUGUGUGACUAAUACCAGGGUUAUGUGACACUGAAAACA